AUGACGUUGGAACAACGUAACUCUCGAAAACCGCUUCCGCAGCCGCCGGGUUUCAAUGACUGCCUCGAUCAAACUUCGAAGACAGCAUCGACUCUCGAUGGAAUGGCCCAAGCUGAGAGCAAGCUGCCGAGCCAGAACGGUCCGCAUUCUCGCCAGCAGGAACGGGAAAACAACGGGGAAGCAACCAGACCAAGCUUCCCAACACGCGACAUUGAUGAAACGCUCGAGUGUGCGGACACUCAAGUCAUAGAAUUGCAAAUGAAAUUGGAUGAUGCCACAGCGGCGCUUGCCUCUCUCCAUUCAACCGAUCAAUUCAGGCUAGGAGAUGACAGAAUCGCGAGAUUAAGAGAUGAGCUGCGUCACGAUAUUCGGCAAUGGAGUAGAAAGUUCCAUCAACCACACAAAAAAUCGGUAUUUUCUAAGGUCUUGAAAGAGGCGAACAUCGUGGCGGAAACAUGUCCGUUUGAAUCGACCAGUCCAUAUUAUCUUGAGUACCUGGCUGAGGAUAAUGAAAAGGGUCCCUCAAUGCUAGUACAAAGUUAUGUGUGGAAGAAUUUAUUGGCGGAUGUAUUUUGCCAGUGGACCUGGAUGGGUGGGCCAUGUCCAGAUGGAGGAGCAAAAUAUUGUCGUCUUUAUGAGUCCGCGAAGGCCCUCGAUAGUGCUGCCUAUGAGGCCAACAAAAGCCAGUCGCUGAUCAAGAACUACCAUCAUUGGCGAGCGCAGACAGCUAGAGUGAUAGGUAACAGUCCUAAGCGUCAUCAAGACUGCAUCAAUCGAAACAUUGAUGCGAUCACGAGGAAAAUGAAGUCAGAUUUGAAGAACUAUACAGAAGAGAAGCACAUAUUUGGAGAUCAUGAGAACAAUAAGGGGACGAAUAAUCUCGCAGCGAUUGUGAGGGCGGCUGUUACCUUCGACCUCCUUCUCUUCCAGCAAAAGGCCGAUUUCGAGUUCGAUAAGAUAUCUCCAGAGGUAGGGGGCAAAUUGUUCCAAUUCACGUCAGAAUGGAUGACAGGAGAUAACAACUCUGAAGGGGAAGAACAGAAUCUGAUGAGGAAAGGAAUUACGGCGAAGUUGUUCUGUGCACCAGCAUUGUACAAGUGCGGGACAUCAGAGGGAGAGAACUACGGUGAAUCACUUCUCAUAUGCAAAGCUGUGGUAGACUGUCUGGUUUGA